GUUGAGAGGCGGGUGGGACUGUUAGUGUGGGUUGGAAGCGUGCGGGGAUACCUACCACCCAAUGAUCUGCCAAACGAGUAAACCCCGCGAAUGAUACAUUCUACGGUACGAUGCCUGGCUUACUACUGCGGGCGUUGCUCUUGAGGCCCCCUAGUAGGUUAGCUCAAGGUGUGAGGAGCAAGACGACUGACAUUGGAUCCGAUGUUACGGAUACAUAUUACCGACUACAACUUGUUCCAAACCCAGUCACGGAGUGCGGGGAAGCCAUCGUGAUGCACCUGCAGGGAUCGGCAAAACAAUUCCUCCUUUUGGGUCGGCAGCCAUUACCGACGCACUUUUCCAAAGAGGGGAGAUGCCGAUGCUUGAUUUACUCUCCUCUGCAAUCUGCUGUUUUACCGUGCCGCUGAAGGUCAGUCUGACGGAGCGGCUGUUAUCGAAAAGAAGGCGAUGCCACUGUAGCAAAAAUGGAACUAGUGUGGCAGU